UGUCCGGACCCCGGCACACCCCUCCCUACGCCCUAUCACUGCUGAUGCUUCGUGUUCCCUGCUCUCUCAGCGCCACAGCCGACGCAAUAUUCUCCUCGCUGCACCCAAUGUCACCGCAUUACGCAUGAUGAUCUCGCCACCUUAGUGAAUGUCGGAAAGCAUGAAAUGCGCAAAGAUGGGGAGCGUUGGUCCGUGCUUGCGGUGGCCGGGGGGUGGCCACAGCGUGUAUUGGAUCUCGUCUUCCUCCGCGAAACCGCACCCAUGCCGCCAAUCUCGUCCACGACGGCCAUCAAACUCUCCAUCUCUCCCUCCAAUCAAUGUCCGCAGAGGUUGCGAAACAAUCUCCUGCGCAGCUCUGCGACUCACGCAGAAGGCACGUCCGUGUGCAGGAUUUCGCUCCAGCAUCUUCCCCGAUGACGGAGCGGGACAGCCUUUGAGCGGUAUCAUGAUAUCCUUUACGCGCGUCUCAUGGACUCGUUCAGCCAUCGUUUGCCCGGGUACCUCGACUCGCCGAGCCAUUGACGCGUCCCAGUUGAGGCUCUUCCUUCAGUGCAACUUCAGCAGCGAUACGCAACGCUCUUGCAAUACCAUCAGAUGUUGAGACUGUUUGCACCGCUCUUGACUCUGUGACUAACGGAAACAAUUCAUCGGCUCAUCAUGCAUCAGGCAGGAGGCUGAAUGUUUGAACACAGCAACGACGGCCUGUCGAGGCAGAGGGCAUGCUCUGUCAAGACGGAACAGUCCACAAUUCACCUGCUGUCCUAGAACCCGCGCAGCUCCGUCGAGGAAGCACCGCCAUGGUCGCCUACUUGGGUAAUAUAUUCUGAUCCCAGUUCCCU